CGCCGCCGCCGCCUCCCGGGCCGGAGCGCCCAGCCGCGGGGCCGGGCCGGCGCCGGUCGGGACUGUGCCGGGGGCAAGGCGCGGCCAUGGACCGGCAGCCCCGCGCCGGGGUCGCGCUGGUCCCCGGGCCGAGCGGCCACGGGCCUUCCGCCCGCCGCCGCCGCCGCCGCCGCCCGGGGCUGCUGCUGCCCGGCCUCUGGCUGCUGCUGCUCGCCCGGCCCGCCUCGUGCGCCCCAGACGAGCGCUCCGUGGAGCAGCGCAGCCUGUCCUCGCCCUCCGCGGAGCCCAGCACCGCACACGUGGCCUUACCGCAGACCGCCCCGGCGCCCCGGCCCAGCAGCCCUCUCCGCCUCCUGUCCUCCCCACCCACUGCUGCUUUUGGUGCAGCCUUUUUUAGCCAAGGAACACUGACCCAGAGCUCAGCCGAUCACAGCAUCUUCGUGGCAAGUUCUGUGUCGGUGACGAGCAAUGAGGUGGUCGUCGAGGACGAUGAGAUGGAUAACUUUCUGCCAGAGACUCCGUGGGCCGCCUCCCGCGCGGUCUCUCCGAUGCAGGACGUCACGGCCGGCCGCCCGGGGCCUCCCCAGGGGACGGCAGGCUCCGUGCUGACGCCGCCCCUGCCCACGGUUCCUUCCCAAGAGGGAGGGGUGACGUCCGCCUGGCAAGUCACAGCGCAGCCACCCACCGCGCGUGCCGAGGCCCCCGGCCGUUGCAGUGUCUUUCCGUCCAUGUUUCUCACUUCCGAGGCCAUGAUUCCAACCCCGAGUAGGAAUUUGGUGCUUUAUCCUACUGACCCGUACGGACCCUCAUCAAGCAGGACUUCGCUGGAGGCCGUGGCUUCAGGAACGGAGGGUGCGGAAACCCUCCUUUUUAGCUCUGCGUCUUCGGUGCCUCAGCCCACAGGUGAUGGCCUCCUCACUCAGCCAUCCCCCGCCUCGGGGGCGGCCUCGGCGCCUCCGGAGGAGGUUCUGGCCCCGGGCACGGACAGGCACCCCGAUGGGACCACUGCUUGGAGUCAGAGCCUGGAAGAAACCAUCUCUCCAGGAACAUCUCCAGCGGCAGCCAUAUCCCCGACGGCCCUGGCUUUGAGCAGCCGCUCCGGCGUAGAUUCCGCUUUGUUUUCCAGUCCUCUUACGUUCGUGUCCUUUUCCACUGCGUCAGCUGAUGUGUCACCCGACCCCGCUCUUCCUGGCAAUUCCCGGGAGGCGUCCGGAUUGCCUGGCAGCUCACUGGUCCCAAGCCAUCGGGACGACACUCCUGUCUGGAGCCCGGCGUCUCCCUCCAGACCGUCCACGUGGUGCGGGGCCUGCUCUGCGGCAUCCCCCCGGCACGUUCCGUCCACGAGCCUCGCGGAGAGAGACGGGGGGUCGGGGGACAGCGCCGAGACCCUGACCGUGUGGGACGCGAGCAGCGUCUCUCCCGCAAGCAGCGUCUCUCCCCCGACCAGCACCACGGAGGACUCCUCUGAAUUUGAGGAAGAUCCUCAAGAAUAUAACGUGCUUUUCCCCUCGAGACCAGUCGUUCCCCUUUCCUCCCGGUUUGUGGAAAUCUCAGAAACAAGCCUGGGUCUCUCGGCCGAGGUGGACGUGAGGAGCAUGGGGAUCACACAGGCGUACCCUUCGCACGGCCCCUCCCGGCCGGCCUCACUCGAUCCCGCCUCCUCCGGCUCUGUCUCUGCCGUGGAAACGCAGGCCGUGCCGCCCGGCGUGACAGCUGUGCUUCCCUCGGCCGUCCCCGGCGCGCUCCUCCCCUCGUCUUUCUCCGUCACGGCCGAGGGAAACACGCCGUCGCUUGCUUCCAGAGACCCAGCUCCUUUCACGUCUUACGGUUUGGAGCCUUCCGUGGAGGCCCCACUGCUCCCUGCCCGAGGGCCCUCCAGCGUUCCCCAACACGCAGCCGGAAGCAUCUUGGGGUUUGCAUCCAGCUUUGUCUCCACACCACCGCUGGAAGCCAGCACCUCAGCCCCUGGGUCUUCAGAAGUCCUUGCGUCUCCAUCUCCGACGUCAAGUGACCUGUCCACCGUCCUCCCUCAGGCCUUUCCCACCUCGGUGGAGGCACUUACGUUGUCCGACUCUUUCCGUCCCCAGUCACCUCCGCUCCCUGUUCCUGAUGCCACAGACCUUGACUUCUCUCCGCUCUGGCCGAGCUCAGACCUUCUUUCAAGUGCAUCCACUUUGCUACCUGGUUCCUCUGAGAUGUCACUUCUCUCAAGCUUCUCUUCCACGUCCCUCACGCCCUCUGAGGCAGCUGCCGUCUCAGCGGCCGAUUCUGAAGCCCCUUUUACCUCAGUUUUCACAGAAACUACCUCUUCUUUUGAGUUUGCACUCGUGCCCCACGAGUCUGCGGUCCCCACACGGGUGCCCUCCAGCUCCGAGCCCGGCCUUGGCAGUUCGACGGCUGGCGCGCCCUCAGCGUCACCUCUGACUGCUUUUCAGACGACGCCCCCGUUAACGGAAUCCUCUCUCUUUUCAACUCCAGCACCUCCCGAAGGGGAGAUCAGUGCUGUGGGUGCUCACACGUCUGUCUCACCCUCUCUCUCCAAGGCCAUUCCUACCACCACAGCAUUGGUCAUCGCCGUGUCCCCGUCCUCAGCUGUUUCUGAAGUGGUCUCCUUGCCUGCACCCACGGAGCCUGUAUUUGUGGGCCCAUCGUCCACAUCCACAGAUUUGCCCGGGAACACGACCACUGAACCGAGCACGUCUCCCUCCAGCACUGCCCUCGACGAUGCUGUCGACGGCACCCGGAACAGCAUCCCCGAGAGUCAGAAUCCCCAUGGGGGCAGCACAGUCCCGCCCUCGCCAUCCCUUCAUCCUGUGUCCGCCUCCACUCCCGAGGCCGUGGUUACCACGCCCGCAGUGGUCACCACCAGGCCGCCGUACGUGUGCGAUAUCACUGUUCCUGACGCCUAUCUGAUCACCACUGUGCUGGCCAGGAGAGCCGUGCAGGAGUACAUCAUCACGUCCAUCAAGGAGGUGCUGAGAAUCCACUUCAACCGCGCCGUGGAGCUCAAGGUUUAUGAACUGUUCGCUGACUUCACUUUUCUGGUAACAUCUGGUCCUUUCGUUUACACGGCAAUAUCAGUCAUAAAUGUGCUUAUAAAUAGUAAACUUGUACGUGACCAAACUCCUUUAAUCCUGGCUGUGAAACCUUCCUUCCUCGUGCCGGAGUCCAGGUUCCAAGUUCAAACGGUCCUUCAGUUUGUGCCUCCGAGUGUGGAUACUGGCUUCUGCAGUUUCACCCAGCGCAUCGAGAAGGGCCUGAUGAUCGCGCUCUCCGAAGUGAAGAGACACCAGAGCACGUAUAACCUCACGGUGCAGAUCCUGAAUAUCACCGUGGGCUCGCCCAGGCUGGCGCCUCGCCGGGGCCCCGUGAACAUCGUCUUCGCUGUGAAAGGCGCGCGGGGCUUCUGGAAUGGGACGCAAGUGAGCGAGCUGCUCAGGAACUUGAGCGUGGUGGAGUUCAGCUUCUACCUGGGGUACCCGGUGCUCCAGAUCGCCGAGCCCUUCCAGUACCCGCAGCUCAACCUGUCUCAGUUGUUGAAGUCCUCCUGGGUAAGAACAGUGCUCCUGGGCGUCGUGGAGAAGCAGCUGCAGAACGAAGUGUUUCCAGCCGAGAUGGAGCGCAAGCUGGCCCAGCUGCUGAGCGAGGCGUCUGCCCGGAGGCGGGUGUGGCGCAGGGCCACCGUGGCGGCCGGGAACAGCGUGGUGCAGGUGGUGAACGUGUCGCGGCUGGAGGGAGAUGACGAUCCUGUGCAGCUCAUCUACUUUGUGGAGGACCGAGACGGGGAGAGACUCAGCGCCGUCAAGUCUUCGGACCUGAUCAACAAGAUAGACAUCCAGAGGGCGGCCAUCAUCUUGGGUUACCGGAUUCAAGGCGCCGUGGCCCAACCCGUGGACAGGGUGAAGCGGCCGGCGCCGGAGUCCCAGAGCAACAACCUGUGGGUCAUUGUGGGCGUGGUCAUCCCUGUGCUGGUGGUCAUGGUGAUCGUCGUCAUCCUCUACUGGAAACUCUGCCGCACGGACAAGCUGGACUUCCAGCCCGACGCCGUGGCCAGCAUCCAGCAGCGCCAGAAGUUGCAGAUCCCCAGCGUGAAGGGCUUUGAUUUCGCCAAGCAGCACCUGGGGCAGCACAACAAGGACGACAUCCUGAUUAUUCACGAGCCCGCCCCGCUGCCGGGGCCCGUGAAGGACCACACCACGCCCUCCGAAAACGGAGACGUCCCCAGCCCCAAGGCCAAGGUCCCCGCCAAGAACGGGCGCCGGCGAGGAAGAGUCUCGCCCUCAGAUGCUGACUCUACCGUAAGCGAAGAGUCCAGUGAGAGGGAAGCAGGAGAUAAGACGCCGGGCACGGUGAAUGACGGGCCCCCGCCAGCCAGUUCAGGGAACGAGCAGCACUCCUCGGCCUCCAUCUUCGAGCACGUGGACCGGAUCUCGCGCUCCUCGGAGGCCAGCCGGCGGGUGCCCAGUAAGAUCCAGCUGAUCGCCAUGCAGCCCAUCCCCGCGCCUCCCGUCCACCACCCAGUCCUGGCCGACCGAGUGGCAGAAACCAACAAAAUCAACAAAGAGAUUCAGACGGCGCUGCGGCACAAGUCGGAGAUCGAGCACCAUCGGAACAAGAUCCGGCUCCGUGCCAAGCGCCGCGGCCACUACGAGUUCCCGGUGGUGGAUGACCUGUCGUCGGGGGACACGCGCGAGCGGCACCGGGUGUACCGCCGGGCGCAGAUGCAGAUCGACAAGAUCCUGGACCCCACGGCCAGCGUGCCCUCCGUGUUCAUCGAGCCCAGGAAGAGCUCGCGGAUAAAGCGUUCUCCGAAGGCCCGCCGGAAGCACCAGGUCAACGGCUGCCCCGGAGAUGCCGAGAAGGACCGGCUCAUCACCACCGACAGCGACGGCACCUACAAGAGGCCGCCCGGCGUCCACAACUCCGCCUACAUGGGCUGCCCGUCCGACCCCGACCUCCCGGCGGACGUGCCGACGCCGUCCUCUGCUGAGCUGGGCCGGUACCCGGGCCUACCCUUCCCGGCCCCGCAGUACGUCCCGCCCCAGCCGUCCAUCGAGGAGGCGCGCCAGACCAUGCACUCGCUCCUGGACGACGCCUUUGCCCUCGUGGCCCCCAGCAGCCAGCCCGCCAACGCUGCCGUGGGCCCUGGGGUCCCGGCCGGCCUCCCCGUGAACAGCACCCCUUCCCGGGAAGAGAGGCGCACCGCCCAGUGGGGCUCCUUCUACAGCCCAGCUCAGAUGGCCAACAACCCAUGCAGCAGAUAUGACGACUAUGGAAUGACUCCCCCGUCGGGCCCGUUGCCGAGGUCCGGUUUUGGCCCUGGCUUGCUGCAGUCUUCGGAGCUGGUGCCUCCCGAGCCCCAGCAGCCACAGGCAUCGGCCGAAGCCCCGUUUGUUGCACGAGGGAUCUACUCUGAGGACACGCCGUCGGUGGCCCGGCCCCGGCCCGUCGGGGGCACCGCAGGCUCCCAGAUCCAGCACCUGACCCAGGUGGGGCUUGCGAGCAGGAUCGGGGCUCCGCCGGUGGAGGUCCCGCCAAGCAGAGGCGGCCAGUGCGGGGGCCCGGGCUGGCCUUCGUACGGGGAGGACGAGGCGGGCCGGAGAGAGGCCACGCACGUGCUCGGCCAUCAGGAGUACUCUUCGCCGCUGUUCCAGGUGCCAAGGACUUCAGGCCGGGAGCCCUCCGCUCCGCCCGGGAGCGCCCCGCCCCGGGCGCUGCAGGGCGCCGGGCUGGCCUACGCCGCCAGCUCCACGGAGGACCUCCAGCCCGGCCACUCCUCCACCUCGCUCAUCAAGGCCAUCCGUGAGGAGCUGCUGCGGCUCUCCCAGAAACAGACCGCCGUGCACAGCUUCCACAGCUGAUGGGCCUCGCCUUGCGUUUUGCCAAGUAUCCGCUUCCCGUGGAAGCAAGACUCGAAGGAGAGCAGACUCGAAGGAGAGCGGCCGUGCCAGGAAGAGGGCCGGCGCCUCCGGGGCUGGGGGCCGAGGGAGGGAGCGAGCUGCAAUCCGAGAAGAUGCCAGAUGCCACAGGACACGCGACAGCUCGCGAGGCUGUUACCGAGGUGGCGGUGUGGUGACCAUUUGGGUUCCGUCGGGGGUUUCUGGACGUUUGGCCACAAGCCGGCAGCACUUCACGAAAGACAAACCACACACCUGAGCUAACGGAGUUUCUUAGUUAGUCCCCCUUCCUCAAGGCAAACGGUGAAAACGUAUAGAACGUAUAGGGCCGGGAGGAGUCCAGCGUUUCUGAGCGAAGACGUGUUGGAGGCUGGUUUAUUGGGCGGGCCUGCCACUUUGUUUUCUGAGAAAAGAGAUUGGAAGACGUUUUUAUUAACAGCUUAUUUUUCCUCUUUGUCUCCGUAGGAACUUUCGUGUUACUAGUACUAUUAACAACAAGGAGGCUAAGACUGAAAAAGCUACUCGUGAGAAACCAGUGGUAGAUGUUAGAGCCUGAUGAUUCCACACGAAGCCAUGACCUGCACUUCCCCUCCUACUUCUGGUGCUACCGCUCCAAGCGCCCUCCCCCUUCCUGUCUGUGAAAUGCAGCUCUGGCUUUUCCGAUGGGAGAAUGUGUUGAAGGCUUCAGUUUGUUCUAGAAAGGGGGGAAAAUACACCCCGCCACUCCCAAAAGAGGGGGAAAGCUAAAUAUUUAUUUGGUUAUUAUUCAAAAUACAUAUCAGAGUUUAGAUUUA